GACGGAGGUUGGCACCCCCUCGAGCUGACCGCGGUGCUCGAGGCCGUCAUCAGACCCCUCCUGCUGGAGCAGGAGCAGAGCCUCACGCGAUCCCUGUCGGCCAUGCUCGACAGCUACCGCGCGGCGCAGAACCCGCUGGUUGGCCUGGAUGUCUCGGAGCCGCGGCCGGCGGCGUUGCGGCCGCGGCCGCAGGGCAGUUGCACGCCGUUCGACGAGUUCGAGCGCCAGUUCUCAGGGCCGCCAGACUUCCGCGGUGGAGGGCUCGAUCGCCAGGUCUCGGACUCGUCGAGGACCAGCUGGCCAAAGUCGCUCAUCAACCAAAGGGGCAAUGGGCCCACUGUCAAGUCCCUCGAGGACGCCCGCGGGAUGGAGAUCCUGUCCAGCAUGGCCAAGCAGGGCAGACUCGGCACGCCCGGGGGCGGAGGCGAUCGUGUGGGCGACAGCGCGGCCAUCGAGGAGCCAGAGCUGGACGUCUGCGCCACGCGGUCCUCCCAGAGCACGAGGUCCCUCCAGAGACGCUUGCGUGGGCUGGGGCUGCUGGGCGGUGGUCGCACGACACGGCGGCUGGGCCUCGGGAGCCCCAGGCGUUGGGCAGUAGGGGCGCCACGCCUCGGGAAGCCCGCCGGGCUGCCCAGGUUCCUGGACCUCAGCGGGCCUCAGCCCGCGGGGCCCCAGCCCGCGGGGCCCUGCGCAGGGGCGCUGCCGCAGGAGAUCCGGCCGCACACUCCAGCGCAGGAGUCCUGCGGCGCGCGAGGCGGCCAGCUGCGCGGGGCCGCGCCGGCCGUGGGGCGCGCAGGGCCCCAGCGGGACUGGGCGCAGGCGGGCGGUGACCGCCCAGGGCCGCUCCGCAUCCCGGGGGUCCUGCUGCGGGGCGAGGAGGAGCGGCUGGAGGCCACGUCGGCCCGUGCAGCACCGCCAAGGGAGGCCAGCGCGGCCUCGGCGCCCGCGGGCGACGGCGGCGCGACGCUGGCCGACAGCGGCGGCGGCUCUGAUGGCCACGCCCAGCGCCUGUGGCCGAAGGGGACGGCGGCUGGCGCAGGCAGCGGCGGCGGCGACGACGCUUGGCCCGGGCGGGCGCCCGGGGCCGGCGUCGCAGGCCGUUUACACGUGCGCCUGACCAGGGAGGACGUCAGCGGCCACGGGAAGCUCGGGGUCGAUGCGCGCGAGGUGAUCGCUGGGGUCGUGCGGGGCCUCCGCAUCACGGCCGUGCACGAGGGCGGCCUCCUGGCCGCGUGGAACGCGCGGCGGGCCGAGGGCCGCCUGGGCGUCGGGGACAGGAUCAUCGAGGUCAACGGGCGAACGGAGCGGCUCGCGUCGGCCCUGGGCAAGGCCUUCGCCGAGGGCGAGCCCGUCGACCUCGUGGCCGUGCCCCUGUCCUCCGGGCGCCAGGCCGUCGGCGCCCUGAGCGAGGCAGGCCGUGCCGCUGGCGUUCUCGCACGUCCCGCCCGCAGGGCCCCGAGCGAUGAUCCUGGCGCAGUCGCCGCCACGUGGCCGCCGGAGCUCGGCGGCGGCGGCGAGCCCCCCGUGGCGGGCAGCUCAUCCUUCAGCGGCGGCAGCGCCAGCCUGCCGCUGCAGCUGCCGAGCAGGCCCCGUGCCGACAGCACGUGCCCAGCGCGCUGGCACAGCGAGCCCGGCAGCGGCGGCAAGCCCCCCGUGGCGGGCAGCUUGUCCUCCAGCGGCGGCAGCGCCAGCCUGCCGCUGCAGCUGCCAAGCAGGCCCAGUGCCGACAGCACGUGCCCAGCGCGCUGGCACAGCGAGCCGGUGCGGUGCUGGAGGGCCGACGGCGACCAGGGGAGUACGGUCUGCCCGACGGCGAGCACCGAGCUGUCCGCGGGGCCCGCGAGGUCGAAGCGACCCCCCGGCUCCGUGAGCUCAUCCGCCCUCGGGCAGGCGACGGUGCAGUCGGUGCGGCUGGACCGCGAGGACGGGCUCGUGGAGGAGAUGGUGCAGAGCCAGGACUGCGCUGCCCCGUGGGCCCCACCCUCAGCGUGGGCUCGCUGGCCGUGGAGGGCGAGGUGA